AUGAUUCAUUUGAGGGUCGAAAUUGAACAACUCGCGGCGGCAAAGAGACAGAAGAAGGACAAGGCACAGAUUAGUGAGCUUCGACACCAAGUGAAAUUGCUGAAAUCUCAGCUUCGCAACGAGAGAAGUACCGUAAAAGGCGCCAUCAUAGCAUCCAGCAACAUUGCAUAUCAUAUCCAAGGACGAGAGCGAAGCUCUGUCAACGAGAGAGUGGCCACUAAGGCCUGUAUCAUCGCUACAGAGCAGCUUGAAGAGCAUGCUAGGCAAUCUUAUCAAGAGCGAGACAGACAACCAGUAACACGCUCUGGCUCCUCGACCAACUCAUCUGCAACAUCAAGUGGCUCUUCUCCACGGCUCGGCAUACCGAGAUCUCCAAGUCCCCCAACAUCUCCCCCUCCGCCAAGAGCCCAAACAAGUCAUACCCAACCGCUUCUAUCGAAACCAGACGCAGAUCGCAGGGAGUUCAGAAUAGCGACCAAUAUUACCACCUCUGGAAAAUGGGACUUUGGCGAGCCGGGCACAUCUAGCAACACACGUGUUAAUCCACCUAGUCAGGGAAAUGAUCCUGUGGAUGUCAAUGACAGUAUCAAGGAUCAGAACGCUCGGAAUCGGAGUAAGCGAACGGAACAUGGUAGUCGUGUCAGAGAUGAGACUAUGAAUGCUGUGUAG